AGAUGUAAACAAGGCCAAGAGGGUAAGUGCUUAAGAAAAUGAGCUUAAUGGAGGGUAUGUGUAAAAUUUUCUUUGUAUUAGUUAUUGUGCUGCCAUUGAUAGCAAAACAAGUCUCUGCAACUCAACAUGUAGUUGGAGGUAGCCAAGGUUGGGAAGAAUCAGUAGACCUUAAUUCAUGGGCUUCGGCUCAAACAUUCAAAGUCGGAGACCAACUUGUUUUCAAGUACUCAUCAGGGUUACACAGUGUAGUUGAGCUUGGAAGCGAGACAGCUUACAAAAACUGCGACCUGGGAACAUCAUUGGAUUCUAAAAAUACAGGCAAAGAUGUGGUGAAACUCAACAAAGUGGGCACUCGUUAUUUCGCUUGUGGAACAUUAGGCCAUUGCGAUCAGGGUAUGAAGAUGAAGGUCACUACGGUCGCCGGCAAUGCUCCUUCCACACCGGCCUCCGAUUCUGAUACUUCGGCAGCGGCUUUUUUUCCACGAUAUUUUCCUACAUUUCUUCUCUUUUCUCCAUUGUUAAUCCUUUAUUUUCUGCUUUAAAACUAUAUUGGAAGCUUUGGCCAUGUUUUACUUUAUUAUUUUGUUUUGGGGAUUUGGCAGUGUAUGUUAUAGCUAUUGUUGAAUAAAUAAUAUAUACUAUGAUUUUUGUUUUUUUUAA